GGCAGGUUAAAGGUGAGCUGAAGGACUUUUAAAACACUGUUCUCCAAUAAACUUUAUAGGAACACUAAGGCUUAUUUCUUAUUUUCAUUUGUUUCUUAAAAAAAUUAAUCUCACGUUCAAAUUAAAAGACUUUUAAUAGUUAAGUGUGAGUUCAUUUUGAAAGUAUGUCCAGUCUGAAGGCCCUUUUCCAGGGUGAGACUCUAUAACCAAACAUGGGAGCGAAGCAAACGAAGGCCACGGGACAGGAGGCAGGAGCGAGUCCUCAGAGCACAGGAUGGAAACGGUCCCCGACGAAAGAGCGAGGAGACAUCCUUACUUCUAUCAUGUUGAGGUCAGGAGACAAACUGAGGAGCGGAGGGACUCCUCCACCCUACCAGCGGCGCAUCGGGAUGAUACAAGAGAUGAUGCUGAUGGCAAAGCAGGGGAAACACGACGAGGCGACAGAGAUGCUGAAGACUCUCCGGCAGGAUCUGGGAAUGGAGUCAACCUCUCUGGACGAUGUUCUCUACCGCUAUGCCAGUUUCCGCAACCUGGUGGAUCCCAUUACCCAUGACCUCAUUAUCAGCCUGGCCAAAUAUAUUCACUGCCCAAAGACGGAGGGAGAUGCUUUGGGUGCCAUGGAGAAGGUGUGCCGUCAGCUGACCUAUCACCUGAGCCCACACACCCAGUGGAGACGGCAGGGGCUGCUGAAGAGGAAGCCACAGGCUUGUCUGAAAUCAGUUCUUUCAAGCCCUCCCUCCAGUGGGACGUUAGAUCUGUCUGGCAUCCCUCUUGGAGUGAAAGACAUGGAGCGUCUCUGUGCCUACCUGCAUCACCACGCGUCCCGCAUCGGCAGCCUUGAACUGGGCUUUACCGAGCUCACAGACGAUGCCUUCCAUCUGCUCCUCCCUACGCUGACGUCUCUUCCCCGCCUUGAGACUAUGGCCCUCAAUGGCAACAGGCUGACCCGUGCCGUGCUCAAAGAGCUCACAGACAUACUGAAAGACCCAGACAGCUUCCCCAGUGUCACCUGGAUCGACCUGGGGAACAACGUGGACAUCUUCUCCCUCCCACAACCAUUUCUGUUGAGCCUGCGCAAGCGCUGCCCCAAACAGGGCAACCUUCCCACCAUCCUUGAGUUCGGCGAGAGUCAGGCUAGCGAGCCGGAGGGCCGAGUGGAUGAGGACGAAGCAGACGAUCCAAACAGGACUGAGAGUAUGGGAGAACUCAGAUCUGAGGUAGAAGAAGCGAUUGAUGGUGAGAUGGAGAUCGAGGACAUGAUGGAAGAGUUGCUUGACUUUGACAGGGAGGUGCAUGGCAAGGAGGACGAAGACGACAGUAUGUGGACCUUGGAGGAGCAGCGGCUGGUAAAAGAUCCAGUUGCAAAGCGGAGCAAAGAGAAAAGGCCAUCCAAAGCAGAGGGCGAAGAGGACUUACAAAGCGAGUCUUCCCAUCUGUCCUGCUCCAGCCAGUCACAGCACUCUUCUGGAGCCAUCGAGCCUCUAAGACAAGAUUCUGUCCCAGACCAGUUAGCAUGUCAAUCGAACAACCCUACCUGAUUGAAGCCACUGUCUAAUUUGAUUAGAUGCUGGUCCCUUUAAGAAAAAAAGAAAGCGUGACAGGCUUGUUUUCAGACUGGGUUAUCCAUGAAAUCAUGAUAAGGUUUUAUAGGGUUGGCACUCAGCAGUUGUCUGUUGCUGCAAAGGAGAAAUUAAUCACUUGUGAGGUUAAAAAAAAUAUCAAAUAUAGCUUCUCAUUCAGGUUUUUCCCUUCACUGUCAUGAUCCAGUCACAAAGCUAAUAGCAGAGGUUGAAGAGGAUGUCCAAAGCCAGUCAUCCCAUCUGUCUUGCUCCAGCCCUUCACAGCAUGCUUCUGGAGCCUUUAAGAAAAGAUUCUGUCCUAGACCAGUUAGCAUGUCAUUCAGACAACCCGACCUGAUUGAAAACACUAAGAGUCUGUAACCUUCAUCCCUUUAAGAAAAAGAGAAUGGGUUGUUUUCCAACUGGGUUACCUAUGAACUCAUGGGAUUCAGCAGGUUUAAUAGGGUUGAUGGCUGCUGCCUGUUUUUGCAAAGAAAAAAUUAUUAUAAAAAAUAUCAAACAUUCCCUCUUAUUCAGGUUUUCUUAUUCACUGUCUUAAAAAUCUUUAAUAUAAAGUCACAAAGUGGAGCAAAGAGAAGAAGGCAUCCAAAUCCAGUCUUCCCAUCUGUCUUGCUCCAACCAGUCACAGCACUCCUCUGGACCCAUCGAACCUUUAAAAGAAGUCCUUGUCCCAAAACAGUUAGCGUGUCAUUCAGAGAACGCUGCUUGAUGGAAGCCACUGUUUAAUUUAAUUAGUGUCUGUAAACUUCAUCCCUUUAAGAAAAAGAGAAAGCAUGACAGGCUUAUUUUCAGACUGGAGUCAUGGGAUUCAGCUGUUUUUAUAGGGUUGAUAAUCACAGCAGUUGUCUGCUGUUUUAAAGGAGAAAUGAUCACUUGUAAGGUACAAAAAUAUCAAAUAUACAUUCAGGUUUUCCCCAUCAGGUUUUCCUGUCAUAACCAUGAACCUCUCUGUGCCUAUGUGCCUGUUCAAAACCCUGCUGAAAGGAACAUUGUGUGUGUGUGUGUGUUUGUGUGUGUGUGUGUGUGUGUGUGUGUGUGUGUGUGUGUGUGUGUGUGUGUGUGUGUGUGUGUGUGUGUGUGUGUGUGUAUACACAGCAAAAUCCCCAGAGUUAAACCAACUCUGCUCAGAGAACAUAUUGUCCCAGUCUACAGUGUUAAAGGGUUAGUUCACCCAAAAAUGAAAAUUAAGCUAUAAAUUACUCACCCUGAAGUCAUGCUAGGUGUAUAUGACUUUCUUCUUUCAGACUAAUCCAGUUGGAGUUAUUUAAAAAAUUGUCGUCGAUCUCUGUAGCUGUUUGAUGCCACUCAGCAGGUAUUGCACUGCAUCGGUCCAUGAGAAGUUUAAUAAAAAGC